AAACUUACAGUAAUUUAAGCUGAAUACACAUAUUGGUGGUGAAAUGCACGUGAAACUGUAGCGUAUUUCGAUGGUUUUUCGCGUGAUUGUAAAGAUCGAAAAUGUUGAAUCAAGCAGUCAUCGAGGCUUUGUACUCCGCAACUUACAUCGAAAAUUACUUAGACUGUGUUGAAAAUCUUCCAAAUGAUCUUCAAAGACACGUCUCGCGACUACGGGAGCUGGACGCUACCUGUCAAAGCUAUUUGAGAGACGUUGAUCAACAACAAGAUAUACUGCGAAGCGACGUCGACAUGUCAACCUGGAGACGAGCGUUGCUAAAAGUUCAACAAGCCUUGAUAGCGGCACAAGAAAUUGGGGAUGAAAAAUUACAGAUAGUACAACAGGUUCAAGAUCACAUUGAGAAUAAGUCUCGUCAAUUGGAUUUGGACUACCGCAAUUUAGAUUUUGGCAAGGAACAGGAAGCCACAGAACCAGCACGAGAUUCUAAUGCAAAUGUCAACACAGCAACGACUGGGGCUGCCAACACGUCUGAGAGGCAAACAAAACGAACUAGAAGGCCUAGGAAUGACACUUUGGUCGAAUCCGCACAUGCUAUGGACAUAGUUGUGGCAACAGAGACGCGUUCAGCUACCUUGGCUGCAGCGAAUACAGGGUCGCAGAAAAAAGCAGCUGCUGCUACUACGGGCAAAAAGAAGAAGAGAAGACGCCAGGUCACUCAACAAAAUCAACAUCGCGAGGAUACUCCCCCACCGCCCGAAGAUGCGAUUGAUCCUGACGAGCCAACAUAUUGCCUUUGCGAUCAGAUCUCAUACGGAGAAAUGAUCCUUUGCGACAAUGAUCUGUGUCCUAUAGAGUGGUUCCACUUUUCAUGCGUCUCUCUAAGCACUAAACCUAAGGGGAAAUGGUUUUGUCCCAAAUGUAGGGGAGACCGACCGAAUGUUAUGAAACCUAAGGCUCAGUUUCUCAAAGAACUUGAAAGGUACAAUAAAGAGAAGGAGGAGAAAUCAUAGCGAUAAAAAAAGUGCUGGGAAUAAAAUAGUAUACCCAUUAUUCGAUUGAUUCGUCAUUGUUUGUGCAACGAUUCCGUUUUAUUUACUACAGACUAUUUUAGAUGUUCUUCUAAACUUACAAUGCAUGUUGAAACUCUAUUGCCGGAAUUACCUAUAUUGACCACAAGUUUUUUUUCAAUGGAAUAUUUUCAACCAACUUUCAGUUUCCUUUAGAAUAAUUCACUAUUCAAUUCACACAGUAUGGAAAUCUUUCAAACAUCAAUUUUAUCAUUUUCAAACAUAAUACACAGUUAAUAAUUAAUGUUAUAUUUAAAUGUGCUGAAACUAAUUUUAUGAUUUUAACAUGAUUAAUCACGUUCGAUUCACUUCUAACUUGGUACACAUUUAAGGCGUUGAGUUCAUCAUUGUUUUUCUCGUGUUGAAGUAUUAUUACCGUAUUUCACGGGAAUCGAGUCGAAACCCAAUUUUUUUUGAGUAUUUUUAUUUAUUCUCUUGUAGAUUGGAAUUAAGUUGAACUGUGUAAAUAAAUCGUGAUGAAAACUUAUACAGCAGAAAAGUAUUUCCUUAAACUACAAUAAGAUUUUUAAUAUAGUGAAUGAGCAUAUGGCAAACAGUAAGAAUAAUGUCAUAUGGAAUAUCCAAUAAAAUGUUUCACUUUCUCGUUAUGUUUAUCAGCUAA